AUGGCCCAUGGAUCAGUGAUGUUCAGUGACGUAUCCAUAGUCUUCUCCCAGGAAGAGUGGGAAUACCUGGACUUGGAACAGAGAGACUUGUACAGAGAUGUGAUGUUAGAGAACUACAGCAACUUGGUCUCACUGGAUUUAGAGACCAGGUAUGAGACUAACAAGUUAUCUUCAGAAGAUGACAUUUGUGAAAUAAACUUAUCCCAGUGGAAGAUAAUGGAAAGAAUUAAAAAUCACAGCCUUAAGGGUCUCAUUUUAAAAAAUGACUGGGAGUCCAAAAGAAAAUUUGAAGGACAAGAGGGACCUCAAGAGGGAUAUUUCAGUCAAGUGAAAAUUCCAUCUGAAAAAGUGUCCUCCUACCGGAAACGCACAUCUGUUACUCCACAUAGGAGAAUUCAUUUUGUUGAUAAACCCUAUGAAUGUAAGGAAUGUGGGAAGGCUUUUAGAGUGCGUCAACAACUUACUUUUCAUCACAGAAUUCAUACUGGUGAAAAACCCUAUGAAUGUAAGGAAUGUGGGAUGGCCUUUAGACAGACUGCACACCUUACUCGACAUCAGAGACUUCAUUCUGGUGAAAAACUCUAUGAAUGUAAGGAAUGUGGAGAAGCUUUCAUAUGUGGCCCAGACCUUAGAGUGCACCAGAAAAUUCAUAUUGGUGAGAAGCCGUAUGAGUGUAAAGAAUGUGGGAAGGCCUUUAGAGUACGAGGACAACUUACUCUUCAUCAGAGGAUCCAUACUGGUGAGAAACCGUAUGUAUGUAAAGAAUGUGGGAAGGCCUUUAGACAAUAUGCACACCUUACUCGACAUCAGAAACUUAAUAUUGCUGACAAACUCUAUGAAUGUAAAGACUGUGGAAAGGCUUUUUUGUGUGGCUCUGGCCUUAGAGUACAUCACAAACUUCAUACUGGUGAGAAACCCUAUGAAUGUAAGGAAUGUGGGAAGGCCUUUAGGGUACGACAACAACUAACACUUCAUCAGAGAAUUCAUACUGGUGAGAAACCCUAUGAGUGUAAGGAAUGUGGAAAGACCUUUAGUCGUGGUUAUCAUCUUAUUCUCCAUCACAGAAUUCAUACUGGUGAAAAACCUUAUGAAUGUAAGGAAUGCUGGAAGGCCUUUAGUCGUUACUCACAACUUAUUUCACAUCAGAGUAUUCAUAUUGGUGUUAAACCUUAUGAUUGUAAGGAAUGUGGGAAGGCCUUUAGACUACUUUCACAACUUACACAACAUCAAAGUAUUCAUAUUGGUGAGAAACCCUAUAAAUGUAAGGAAUGUGGGAAGGCCUUUAGAUUGCGCCAAAAACUUACCCUACAUCAGAGCAUUCAUACUGGCGAAAAACCCUUUGAGUGUAAGGAAUGUAGGAAGGCCUUUAGACUUAAUUCAUCCCUUAUUCAACAUCUGAGAAUUCAUUCAGGUGAGAAACCUUAUGAAUGUAAGGAAUGUAAGAAGGCCUUUAGACAACAUUCACACCUUACCCAUCAUCUGAAAAUUCAUAAUGCAAAAAUAUAA